AUGCGUCCCACCAUUCUAUCUCUCCUCCUGGCCGCCGGGGCUCUCGCCGCCCCGCACCGCGCCGCCUACGAGCUCGACGAGGACCGCCACUACGUCUCUAUCCGACCCGACCGCGCGGCUACCGCCCACCCCCACGUUGUCCAUAACGCCGAGGAGACCUCCCGCCCCUCCGCUGUCGUCCCCGCCGGCGUUCCUGGCCGUGGCUCCAGCCGUGGUCGCGUUCACGGUAAAGGCUCCAACAAGGGCAAGGGUUCUAGCAAGGGCUCCAACAAGGGCAAGGGCCGAGGUUCCGGUCACGGCUCUGGCUCUGGUAGCGGUGGCAACUCUGGAAAGGGCUCGGGCAGUGGCUCCGGCUCUGGCUCCGUCGUGAAGCCUGGUAAGGGCUCCGGAUCCGGCAGUGGUUCCGGCUCGGGUUCCGGCAGCAGCCCCGGCAAGGGCUCAGGCUCUGGGUCAGGAUCUGGUAGUGGAUCUGGCUCUGGUUCUGGAUCCGGCAGCGGCUCUGGUUCAGGCUCGGGCUCCGGUUCUGGUUCUGGUAGCGGCUCUGGCUCCGGAUCCGGCUCCGGCAGUGGUUCGGGCUCUGGCUCUGGCUCUGGCAGUGGUUCAGGCUCUGGCAGUGGUUCAGGCUCUGGCAGCGGCGCUGGUGCCGGUGCUGGUGCUGGUGCUGGUGCCGGAUCUGGUUCCACCGUCACCGGUCUCCCCUCCUCGUGGGCCCCCGGUGUCAAGUGGCAGAUCGUCAUCCACAACCCCGUCGACAUCACCAAGCCCCUCGCGCCCGCCGAUGCCCGCGUCUGGGUCGUCGACUACUUCCACUCGGCCGAGAACUCUAAAAUCAUUCCCUUCUUGAAAAGCCCCACCGCCGGCGUUGACAACGUCGUCCUCUGCUACAUCAACAUUGGCGCCAUCCAGCAGUCCGAGGCCGACUACAAGAGCUUCCCCUCGUCCGCCAUCGGCAACAGCUACGACGGCUAUCCCGAGUGGUGGAUCGACACCAGCCGCGCCGACGUCGUGGAGUUUAUGAAGAAGCGCAUCGCCAAGGCGGCCGAGAUUGGCUGCGACGGCAUCGACGGUGACAACGUCGACGGCUGGGACCCCGAUGGUGCUCCCCGCGGCGGCGACAAGACCGGCUUCGGCUUGACCCAAGCCGAGUCCACCAACUACAACUCGCAGCAGCUCGCCCGCGCCGUGGCCAACAACGUCGACUUCGCCGUGCUCGAGGACUGCCAGGGCUCCGGCGACUGGUGCGGCGAGCUCCAGGGCUUCGUCACCGGCUCCUUCCGCUCCGACGGCCGCCGCCUCCCCGUCUUCGACCUCGAGUACCCUUCCUCCGCCGGCUCCAACACCCUCUCCAGCAGCGACUGGAACCGCUACUGCAACCGCGACCCCGCCAAGGUGGGCAACGCCGGCUUCAGCACCGCCAUCAAGAAGGACUCGAGCGAGCUCGACGGUUGGGUGCAGUACUGCGAGUCGAGCCCUAGCGCGGGCGUCUCCAGGACUACCAUGAUUAACUGGAACUAA